AUAACAAAUUCAUAUUCCUUUUCCCUUUUUAUUUUCAACAAGUAAAUAUUUAAAAACCAUACGCACAAAGCGUGUGAAUACAUCUUGGCGCGGAAUGUGAUUAACAAUAAAUUGAGAUAAUUGAAUGAACCGCGUUCGAAUGAAUCACUUCAAGUUGCAUCGUUUUUAUCUAAAACUGCGCUCCUCUUAGUCUCUCGGUCCGAAAUGUUGAAUAAACGGAUGGAAUAUAAAUAUACGUGCAAUUAAAUCGACGAUUCUACCCCGGUGGAGGAAAAACGGAAAAUAACGAAGCAGCAGCCACGAAGCGGCGUCGAGGUUGAAAACGUUGAAGAUGGCUGGUUGGCAAACGUGGGUCGUUGACAUCGUCCCGUGAUUUUCCUCGACGAUCACACGGAUGCACCUUACACGUGUGUGCACGUGUCCAUUACGUCGUUCUACCCACCCUUUCUCCCUGCUCUCUGGCAUCGAAUGGGUGAAAAGAGCUGUAGGGGGUUGGAGGGUGAGGAGGAUCGAACCCCUCACCACCAGUUGCAUACGCGAUUGCAUCCACCCCCCACGCAAUUAUCUCAUCCAGUAGUGGAAGCUUCUAUAGAUAGAUCGAUAUUCCUCUCUCCUUUCUUUCUCACUUCGUCUCUCGAUAUUUCUCGCUAGUUUACUCUUUGCUUUCCGAACGAGAGCUCCCUCUUCUGCCGCGGACAUCUUCCUUCAUUUUUCCUUACUUUAUCUGUGGCCGCGCGAAUCACGCUUGUAUCGCGAACACAGUUUAUUUGUACGGAUAAUUAUGCUCCUCUUAUGCGUUUAUUUUAGACGAUUCGACACUAUAUUGGAAGACCGCCGUCACCGUUGUUUGCGCCGAUUUUUCGCGUCUGCCUUUUCCCCGAUUAUUCUCCUUAGAAACUAGGGUAAAAGAAAUCGAAAGUGGCGCGAACAUGGUUUCUUCAAAGAUCUCUAAUUAAAAUAACCGCUACCUGGGUUUCGGUUAAGUGUUCCUUUCGUAGGUGACUAAUCCUUAAGUUAGUCCGUCAGGGUAUAACUAGGGUCUCCGGUCACCGAUGAUUCACGGUUGUUUGUCAAAAGCAAUGUCUCAUUGCUCUGUUAGUCUAUUUACAUAAUAAGAGGCUCCAGAAACAAUUUAUGAUAAUAGCAGACAUUUUUUGUUAACCCUUCGUGCUCCUAAUAACCUGCGUUUCAAUGUAAAGACAGAUCUCCUUACAUUUUGCAAAAUUUUCUCUGCUAAUAGUUAAAAUUGAAAAAAAAAAGACGAAUCUCGAAUAAUUAUAAUUGUAGUCGGUCGCGCUAUACAUAGCUAUUUCCAUUGUGGCAGACAACGUGUUAAUAGCCAGGAGAUAAACUCGCGUCGGUCGGUUUUUACCCUGGCCGAGGAGAGUAGGCGAGGAACAAUCGUCGAUCUCGUCUGGACUUUGCACGGUUCGAUGUCUGACGCUCGUCGUGUUUGUAUCGCGCGCGGAAAAAUGAAAAUCACGACCGGUCGUCGAUGCGUCGCGUCCCGUCGCGUCGCGUCGCUUAGGCUAAAAACUGCCCGGCUGCGAGCAACCAGCUCGUGGGUUAUUUAAAUACCGCGGUUCGCGCUGAAAGUUUUGAGAAUUGCGGCCAAAAUAACACGUUCGCCAACUGAUUCGAGAGAAAAAUACUAUCGCAAAUCGUUCGCCCGAAUAAUGAAAAGAAAGAAAAUUUCUAAGUACGAUUGUUCGAGCUUGGGAUUGACAAUUUCAUUAAGACGCGUGCCAAUGAAAAAAAAAAAAAAAAAUAAUUUCGCGAUAAUCAUUCCUGGUUAUGUAGCGUUGCAGUCACGGACGAGAGAGUUUAUUAUAUAAGUUACCUCGACGAUGACGAACCAGGUCGUCGACGGUUCCGUUUUAUCUCGGGGUGACGCACGCGUUGUUGUGCAGCUCGAAUCGGUAGCCUUGAACUUCGACUUGGAACGUGUCAUUGUCCGAAUUGAAUUAUUGGCUCGAUGCAGUUCCGUAUCGCGCGCACGCCACCGAGGUUUCGUCGAUUUAUCUUCGAUCGACUCGUUUUUAACGCUUCGAAGCGUCGUUGGUAACAAUGCUGGAGAAAGGUUGCCAACGGUAACAGGUUCGGUUCAAAGGAGCACCGUCACGUCGGCAAACCGCGCGCACUCCGCAUCACGAAGGAUCAGCCAUCAGCAACGUCAGCAGCAACCACCUCAACAGCAGCAGCAGCAGCAACAACAGCAGCAGCAGCAGCAGCCACAGUCUCAACAACAAUCGGCGCAACAGGCGAGGAUACCAGUAGGAUCCUUAAGGAACUCGGAUGAGCACGGAUCGAGAGCCAGCUCGGCACAGGACGUUUGCGAUAAUUCCAACGAUUCCGGGCUCGGCUUCGAGGACCGUCAGCAACAUCUCACGAACGCAACCGCUUGGAACGGCGCCGGCGAGGAGGACUCGAAGAGAAGGAAGAUGGACAUCAAGCUCGAGUCCGAGGAUGCGAAUUUCGCGUUCCCCGAGGUGACGCAUUCCUCGAGCCCUGAUAGCAAAACGGCCAAUAGAAACAGUUCGAACGGGAUAGCUGUGCUGGCCACGAUCUCUGGGAACAGGACGGGGAACGGGAGCUCGGGAAGGGUUGUCGAGGUGUCCAGAUCUCGUCCAGGCUUGGGUGUCCUCGCGAAGAGGUCAUCAGCCCCCCAUCAAGGCCCAGUCACCCUCACCUCUCAACUGUGCAGUGCUUCCGCAGAUGGAAAGGUGCAAUUGCAAAUAAUCUGCCAGCCGGAGCAGCAGCACCGGGCCCGUUACCAAACCGAAGGAUCCCGAGGAGCAGUGAAGGAUCGUACCGGAAACGGGUUCCCAAUCGUUCGUCUGGUCGGUUACGACAAACCGACCACGCUUCAAGUCUUCAUCGGCACGGACCUCGGCCGUGUCGCGCCCCACAUGUUCUACCAAGCUUGCCGUGUCAGCGGCAAGAACUCAACCCCGUGUAUCGAGCGUAAAAUCGACGGUACCAUCGUGAUCGAGGUGGACAUGGAUCCAGCGAAAGACAUGAUGGUCACCUGCGACUGUGUCGGUAUACUGAAGGAGCGCAACGUCGACGUGGAGCACAGAUUUCCACAGGAAGCCGGUGUACUUCAGGGACGCAGUAAAAAGAAGUCGACUCGUUGUCGCAUGGUUUUUCGCACGACGAUCGCUCGUCCCGAUGGUAGCACGGAAACUCUUCAAGUCUGUUCUCAACCGAUAGUCUGUACUCAACCACCGGGUAUACCGGAGAUCUGCAAAAAGUCCCUCACCUCCUGUCCAUGCACCGGUGGAUUAGAAUUGUUUAUACUUGGGAAGAACUUUCUUAAAGAUACUCGUGUAGUGUUUCAAUUAGACAACGACGAUUUGUCGAGUAGCUUAGAACCGCACUGGGAGUGCGCCGUCUUACCCGACAAAGAGUUCCUGCAACAGACGCAUCUGGUAUGCGUGGUGCCUGCAUACAGGCGGCAAGAUCUUGCGCCCUCGGAAUCUGUUAGCGUGAAAUUGUACGCGGUGUCGUCCGGGAAAACGAGCGAGCCUCAUACGUUCCUUUACACCGCCGCGUCCGCAGCUCCGGAGCCAUCGGUGGGCAAGAUCGAGCCCAUCACGCCGCCAUUGUCAACCUCGAACGGCGAUUCCGCGUUAGCAACGUCCCCAGCAGCAGCCGUGUCCUUAACCACGGGUGUAUCAUCGAACACUCUGAUCACACAAGCAGCCGCGGGAACGCCGAAUUUCUUGACAACGAUACAGCCACAACAACCAUCCUCUCAAACGACGGAAACUCUUAAAAGCGAUCCAAGCCCGCCACCAGUAACGGCAUCGUCUCAGGUAACUCCAGUUCUGAUGUGGGCUGCUCAAAGUCCAAAUUGCCAAAAUUCCCCGCCUGACGUGAUGAUGCCGCCGCCAGCCAUGGUAGCGAAUCCCCUUCUAAAUCGCAGAUCGUCUUCGAACCUUCAAUUAAUCCUGCCCGAUAAUUUGAAGACCGAGGUGCUAGACGAGAAUAGCGAGAACAGUAUGAUUAGCGAGAACAGCAUGCAAAGCAUACCAACGCCGACCGCGAACGGUUCGACGGGGACGAGCCCGUUGCAGCAGCUCGUGAACGAGAAUUCCAGGGAAACGCCGCAAACGAAUAUGAUCAGAUCGGUACCGGUUGCGGCGAACAGUUCCCCGGUACAGGAAGCGGUCAAUCUACUCGGUGUGGUCGAUUUGAUGCGGAACCAACAUCCGUUGUCGAUGGUGUCCACCCACCAGAACACCUACGGAGGUAUGCACGAAUCGUCUCAAGUCAAAGUUCUAAGUCCUCAUCAUAUCAACAAAGAAACUAACCCGAUGUUACCGGCAGAAGGCAGCCCUAACGGAACUCUACAGGGUGGCGGCGGUGUUGUUGAUCUCCGAAUGAAACAUCAUCAGUCAGAGUUCGGCAAUUUGUCGAACUUCACCGGUACGUCGAACGGACAGCUACCCGCCCAGAGUGGGCAUAGCGUAGAGAAAUACCUGAAUCAUAUCGAAUCUAACGGGAAGGAGGCUGAGAGUCAGGAGAACGGCUUCGUAGGUAGUAUACAGCAACGAGCUUCCAUAAUCGCUACAGGACGACAACCUCAGCAGGGACAAGCUUCCAACAUUUUAGCCUCUCCGAAUCAAGGUGUGAAGCUGGAUACUCUCGUCAAUUCAGGCGCGGAAUCUCAUCAAUUAAUGUCACCGCUUCGCACCGUCAAUCCCAACAGCAGCACCAUGAUGAACCACGUGUCCGCGGUGACCGAUCACGAGACGAUCCCGAGCCCUCAACAGAGCAGAAACAGUCCACCGAUUCCCGUCAAGACGAUGCUCCUCGAAGCUUUGAUGCCGGCUCAAAGCGUACCGCCUUUGAUUGGGAACGGCGGGACCACCGUCUCGUCUCCUGCCUCGGUUGUCCAGGAGCCGACCAACGGCGACAGUCUGCUCACGACUAUCAACGCUGCCCUCUUGCCAGCGAUGCAAGAGCCAGUCGUUACUACGAGCGGUACGUCGAAUUCUAGCGUUACUGUACCAUCCCAUAAUCAGAUGCAAGUUACGAACGAGACUAUGUCGAUAGCGGCGGAACAUAUUCCGCAGAUUCAGGGUCUUAUUCAGCAAGAAGUUGUAGCGAUGCAACAGGCGCAGCAAGUUGAACAGGUUGUCGCGCAGGCACAGCAGCAGGUGGAACAAGUUGUCGCUCAGGCGCAGCAGCAAGCGGUCCAGGCUGUACAACAGGCGCAGCAACAGGUUGUCCAGCACGUGGUGCAGCACGCGCAAGUUGUCCAGCAGGCUGUACAACAAGUACAAGCGGCGCAACAGGUUCGGGCUGUGCCGGCUGUUCAGCACGCGAUGCAACAGGCUACGCAGGAAGUGGUCCAGCAGGCGGUGCAGCAAGCGACUCAGGAAGUGGUGCAGCAGGUGCAAGCGGUUCAGCAAGCGGUGCAGCAGGCGCAAGCGGCUCAGGCGAUGCAACAGGCGGUGCAGCAAGAUAUAGGUUCGAUGUUGAACCAACCAGCUGGUUUCGUUGCUGAGGCUAGUUCUGCUCUGGCGAGCGGUGCGGCUCAGGAACCGUCGCAGCAGAGACUGACCACUGCUGCGGAACAGGCGAUCAACAACGUGAUCACUAACGCAACACAAGAUAUAAUUAACAAUCGACCCAUCACCACGACCACCGCGCAUGCCAUCAUCGCGACGAAAAAUAUAUUAAACAGCGUCGCCACUCAAAGCGCCCAGCUGAUGAACAGCGCUAUGGAGGGAAUCUUACCGAAAUCUCCGCCCGGUCAAAAUAAUAUCGUCGAACAGGUAGCGAGCAAAUCACCGCCUGUUGCCUUACCCGUCACCCCCAACAGACAGAAUGUAAACCCACCUAUUACAAAUACGGCCAACAAUACAACUGGAACGACGGUUCGAAAGCAAGAAGAUGGUAUGUUGCCUCAAGAGCUUACAUCGAUGUCAGAACAUGAUCUGUUGAGCUACAUAAAUCCAAGCUGUUUCGAUUCUCAGAAUAACUUUCUUAUGUAGUACUGCCGUAUUCUUGUCAUUAAAAUACGUGUAUAAUUGUAUCCGAUCUAUUCGGAUGCAACGGACGAAAGAGAGCGUGACUGAUUGAGUGAGAGAGAGAGAGAGAAUGAAAAAAAAAACAAAGUAAUUAAUUCCAAUCAAUUGUGUAUAAGAAAGUAUAUUCUUGGCUCAGUACGAG